AUGGUGGAAUGGAUGAAAUCUGUUCAGAACCAGAAUAUUCCCUUAUAUAGUCCUAUAAUGCUGGAAAAAUCUGAAUUCUUUUCAGCUCACUUAGGAUAUAAAGACUUCAAAGCUAUCUCUGUGUGGUUAGAAAAGUUUAAGAAUAGGAAUGGAAUAAUCUAUAGGACAUUAAAUGGCGAAAUUGCUUUUAUUUCGGAAGAGGACUGCGAAAAGUUUCUCACCGACAUUUUGCCUAGCUUGUUAGAAGUUUAUGCAAUAGAAGAUAUCUUCAAUACAAAUGAAACAGGUAUUUUUUUCAAAUGUUUACCAGAUAAAACUCUGAUAUUUAAGGGCGACACUUGUCAUGGUGGUGAAAAAAGCGUAGAUCAUGUUACUGUCAUCGUCUGCGCUAAUAUGUCUGGUAAAGAAAAACUAGAGUUGCUGGUAAUAGGCAAAUCUAAGAAUCUACGAUGUUUCAAGGGAGUCAAGUCUUUACCAGUGCUUUACAAGAGCAAUAAAAAAACUCGGAUGACUAGUUCAGUAUAUGAAGAACAGCUUCAUAAAAUUGAUCACAAGUUUCAAAGAGAAAAUCGGAAAGUUCUCCUACUUGUGGAUAAUUGUCCGGCUCAUCCGAAUGUCUCAAUUCGAACGUUGAAAGCCAUAAAGGUGGUUCACUUACCACUAAAUUUAACUGCCAAAUUGCAACCAAUAGAUCAAGGAAUCAUUAAGAACCCUAAAGUGAAUUACCGGCAGAGAAUUAUAAAAAGAUUGCUCAAGGCUUUGGAUGAGAAAAUGGGGUUGACUGAUUUGAAUUUAUUGGAUGCUAUUUUCGACUUGAAAAAAGCUUGGGGUGAUGUCACUAGUGAUACAAUUGCGGACAAUUGUCCCGGGGUGAUCCCGUAG